AUGUCCCUCGGAAAAUCGAUUCGAGGCAACACACCCAGCAUGACGUUGACAACGAUCUCUGGACUCACCAAGCUCGCCAGUGAACCUCUGCUUACUGGCGGGCUCCUGUACCUCCUCACUCGCGGCCCACCGCACCUGCGCGCUCGCCUGCUUGCGCCAUUUCAAUCUACACUCCCCUUAUUCACAAACACGCCGAAAGGCGUCGCCAGAGUAGCGACCCUCAUAACGCUUCUCAAGAUCCUAACCACGGCCGGUGUGCUACGUCGCAUAAAUCAAGCACUCAACCGCCUGGCAUGGAACAACUGGUGCCUGGGCCGCAGUGGCGCAGAAUGGACGUUUGGCCCUGCGAAGCAAGAAGUCGUACUCAUUACAGGCGGGAGCAGUGGGUUUGGGUACGAGAUGGUUCGAUCGUUUUCGAAACAUGCCCGCGUUAUUGCCAUCGACGUAUCUUCCUUUCCAGCGGAGUUGGAUGCCCUGUCUGAUGUGCACUUUUACCAGUGCGACAUUACAGAUACGUCUGCACUUGAGGCGCUGUGCGGGCAGAUCAGGAGAGAACAUGGGACUGUCAGCGUGCUGAUCAACAACGCCGGUAUUGGAAUCGGCAAGACGUUGCUUGAGACUAGCAACGCGGAGAGCCAGAAGCUGUUGCAAGUCAAUCUCUUCUCGCACAUGGUACUGAUCCGCGAGUUUCUACCUGCCAUGCUUGCGCAGAAGAAGGGCCACAUCGUGAGCAUCGCAUCGAUGGCAUCGUUUGUCGCUGCCCCCGGCCUGAUAGACUACUGCAUCAGCAAGAUCGGUGCGCUCUACCUCACCGAAGGCAUCCGCGCAGAAUGCCUCGCCCAUUACUCCGGCGGCGAAGGCAUAUGCACGACUUCCAUCCACCCUUCGUGGCACCAGACCGGCAUUCUCAAGAACGGAGGUGAUCAGCUAAAAAAUCAAGGUAUUGUGCCUGAUCCGCCGAGCAGGGUGAGCGAUGUGGUGGUUGAGCAGGUGUUGAAGGGACGGAGUGGCCGGCUCUGUGUCCCCAAGAGCCAAGAGCGAUACAUGGGUGUCAGGAACUGGCCGCGCUGGGCGCAGGAUCUUGCGUUUGGACUGGCAUCCAAGAAGAAAGCGAACUCGGCAGAAAGCGCGACGACAGCACUGAAGGGUGUUGGUGCUGAUGUGUCGGCGUGGAAGCAAGAGCGGGAGUAG